AUGAUGGAGCCCCCAGCAGCACUCUAUGAAGCCCUGGAACCAAUCGAAACGAUGCUUCAGGAUCUCUUGACGGCCAAUCAUCAUCCAAGCAAUAACGAGACGCCACAACAACAACAACGACGUGGAAGCAAUGAAACGGCAUCCACGGGAAUUGCCAGUGAAGACGAAGACGAAGAAGAUAUUGGGGAUUGCCGUCUUCUUAAUGAGCAGGAGGAAGAUCACACGGCAAUGUCUGAGGCAAACCGAGUGGUUCGUUGGUGGAAUAGUGCACUUGCACAAGUACCAACUACCAAUUCUACCGCUACUGCUACUGCCACGACAAGUACAACUUCAGACGACACUCCGCAAUUACCACCUCCUACCAUCAUUUGGAAGGGGAGACGAUGUGUCCAUUGUGGACUUCGGACUCAAGGAUGGUGCAAGGGCUGUUUCUUGACGGCCUAUUGCGAUUUAAAUUGUUCCACUCGACACUGGUACCAACACCACCAUUGGGUCUGUGGAGAGAUUGCCACGGGCUUGUGCCAAAUGAUUGCCUCGGCGGAACGAGAAAUACUACUCUGCAAUAAACAAACAUCCAACAACAACGCUGCCACCCCCACCACCGUGGCCACUAGAACCAUUCGACUCAUGAACGCCGUCCACAGCAACAGUGAUGGUGCUACUACAGAACAACAACCCACCGUAUCGAGAACCACCAGGACCUUGCGAGUGGCCGUGGCGGUGACUCUGGCCGAAAUGAUGGACAGCUAG